GCGUCGUCCCGCCGUCUCUUUUUUCCAUUCAAGCUAGUUACCAUUCCAGUUCGUGUUUGUUGCCCGUGAAGCGAUGCCUUCUGUUAACCAUAAGUUAGAGAAACAGGCCUCUACGGAGACCGCUGAACCCCUUCGCCAGGCUAUCAUCGUAAUCGAGCACAAGAUCAGAAAUCUUGAAAAGCGAAAGGGUAAACUCGAGUCAUAUAGGGAUUUACAGAAAACUGGCAAAGAAUUGAAUCCAGACCAGAAGACAGCGGUGGCCAAAUACGAUGAGGUGUUGCAGACAUUAGAUAUAACCCGAGAUUUGUAUAAGCAGAUAGUUAAUAUCGCUAACGAUGCUGUUAAACAGCAAAAAAAACUGGCGCGCAAGGAAGCUGUUGAACGUAUGCAACAGGACAUUUCCAAAGUAAAAGAGGUUCUUCUUGUCCAACAUAUCUUGACAAGUAUCAGCACUAACGCAGUAAGGGAUGAUUUUUUUCACGGAAAAAAUGGAGCUGUUAAAUUAUCAGAAGAAGAAUUAAAAUUUCUUGGCAACUUACAUGCUGAAGUUACGAUGAAACUUCAACGUGAAGAGGGUGAUGUGACUUUUGUUCAGCAAGCUCAAAAAAUAGCUGAACAUUACGUAGCGAUUGUAGAUGGAAAACAGAGAGAGAUUGUUGGAACGACUUACAACAAAUUAAAAGAGAUUAUUUCAAAAAUCAACCAAUCAGGCUAUUUCGAUCAAGUUCGCGAAUGCUCGGAAACUGCUCCAGCGGAAGACAUUCUUGAAACUGUGGCAGAAACAAAACCUAAUGAUGCACAAACUGCGCAAGAACACAACGAAGAAUACAGCAACAACGACAAUCGACACAUUCCGGAAUCUUUGAUUCCUAUUACGAAUUUCCCAGUUCAAGUUGCACCGCUGCCCGUUGUUUCCGGAGCUGCUCCUGUUUCGGGACCUAUCCCAGUUGUACCACAACCUAUGCCUCCGCACCCAGCCGCUCCAGUAGAUACUCCUUAUUAUACAAACGCUACCAACUUUGUUCCACAACCGCAACAACAGCCAGCUCAGCAAUCUCAACAACAACCACCACCUGCGCCCCAAAUCAACGAUGUCAUAGGCACGCCGAACUUCAUAUUCUUGCAAAAAUCUGAACUUGAUUCGCCGGACGUCACCCAAGCGCCUAUUGUUCCACACAUUCCUCCUGCAGUUAAUGCACCUAUUCCCACGCAAACUUACACAAAUCAGAAUUUUACGAACGCACCUGUAGGUGUGCCGCAGCAAGUAAUAUAUCAACAUCAAGCGCCACAGGAAAUGUCUCACAUUCCUGGAUUCGGAAAUCCUAAUCCACCACCACCGAUCCCGAUGCCGCCAUCCCACCAACAACCAAAUAUUCAAUAUAGUCCACAACACCCGGCGGGUUUUCAACCUCAACAGCCGCAACAAAACGCGGCACAAUUGCCACAACAGGGACAGACACAAAACUUCAAAGAACAGACACAUCAGCCGGAACCUCAAACAUCGACAGAGGAAAAAGUCGAGAAUGGUCAAAAUGAAGCUAUUGUAACCACGGAGUCAUCGUUGGAACCACAAAAUGAAUCCGUUGACUGGUGUCAGAUGACCGACACUAAUGACUGGAAUCAAUCCGAACAGCAACAGUCGAUGCAAGAUUCUCAACAAGCAGCACAACAGACAUCUCAGCAAGGUUGGGGUGAUCAACAACGCGGAUACAGAGGACGAGGUGGUAGAAGAAAUACUCCUAAUAGCUAUAAUGCUAGAGGCAGGGGUAAUUACCAAAACGGACGCAGCGGACAAGGCACGUAUUAUCGCAAUGAUCAAAAUUACCAAAAUGGUUAUCAGCAACGUUCCUGGGGCAAUGACGGAAAUAGUGGAUUUAAUGCUGGCUUCAAGCGUGGAGGUGGCGGCGGACCUAGGGGCGCGCGAACCGAGCGCGGUGGUCGUGGACAGUUUCGCGGUCAGAGGGGAGGUACGCGUGGCGGAUACGUGUCACGUGGCAAGCCUCACACGCAGCAAUAAGAAGGAAAUAAGAACAACGCUAGCUAGCGUGAAUGCACAGUAAAACACAUUAUAAAGAUGCUCUACGAUCGUAACUCAAUUGUCUAUUUAUGAAAAAGCUUAAGUCGAAACAGUGCAUUUGCGUGACGAAAGCGGGAUAUGAGAAAAGUAAGCAGGUACUGUGCACUAUCGCUAAGUAUUAUUAUAUAUAUACAUAUAUAUACAAUUACUUUUGAUAUUAUCGAUUAAUUAUAAAGCGAAUUUAGUAGGUUAUGUAAAUUUUUCACUGAAAACAAAAAAUCGUAUAAAAACUUUUUAUCUUGCAUGUAUCAAAGGUAAAUUUAACGGGGAUAAAGUUUUAGUUUAUUGAUUUAUACAUUAGUUUUCUUUUUUCCAUUUGUUAAUGGAGUAAUCAGAUAUAUUACGCGAACUUUUCUAUACGAUGUGCGAAAGAAAAACGAAAUCAGAAAGAAUCUUACGUUGGCAUUUGUAUUGCGACUUGCGACUUAAGAUGUUUCUUAAAUAUGAUACAUUGAACGAAUAAAACUUCGCAUUUGAAUUUGAUGUCUGAAUUUAAAGAUUACUGUUAAUAAAAAAAAAAAAAAAGACACGACAAGAUUGUGAUACAUUAAAUUUUGAAACCUACCAUACAAGAGUAUUAUUGUAUUAUGACAGAAGGCAGGUUUCACAGGGCAACAAAGAUCAAGCUGUUUACAAAGAUUAGAAUAAUUUUAUUAUAAAAAAUACAAAAAAAAAAUGAGAACUUAUUUCAUGUAAAGACUACAAGAAACGUAUUUAAAGAAUAACGUUAAGACGAUUAUAUAAGUAAUAGACGAUCUGCACGACCAUCUCUUUGUCUUGCGGGGUUCAUCAUGCUCCAAGAGAGGAUUUUUUAAGAUACCAGAAACAAAGAGGAUACAGCGAGCAAUGCCUUCGAAAACUGCUAAAUAGUCUCUUCACUUCAUAUUCCGCGUACCUGUAUGAGAAUUUGAGGUGUAGAUAAAGAAUUUAUCGAGAAAAUCAAGUAGUUUCAGAAUUGUAAAUGAUUCACGCGAUAUGUAAGAUCUGUAAAAGACGUUUUUUUUUUUUUUUUUUUUUUUUUUUUUUUUUUUCAUAUAGGAAUGCGUAAAUCACUAUGUUAAUACUUUGAAUCGCUGUCGCUUCCUCUUCCGUUUUUCUGUGUGACUGACCAAAAUUCUUCAACGCUGACCGCCCAAGUUCAUCGGUUGAGUUAAAAGCUCAUGGUCAAGCGAAAGAGAUAGCAGUGCAAUUCUCUUGUUAUGUUAAUAACACAUUACCUGAUUUUUUGUAUUUGUACGCAAACAAAAAAAAAACAGAAAAAUAUACAAUUAUUUUUCAAUCGGAGGAAGCGAUACAUGUGAGGGGUUUUAGCGUAUAAGUCGAGUGUACAAUUAUUGACUAUUUAGAGAGAGAUAGAAAGAAAGAGAAGGAGAGAAAGAGAAAGAGAGGGUGCGCAGUACGGCGCUAAUAAGUCACGUUAUACAUUGCUGCUAAACACGCGAUGAAAACUACCAUUUAUUGUAUUUUGUUUGUACAUUUGUGUUUAAUCACCUCCUCCUUUAUAUUGAUUACGUUAAACUAUUCUAUAAAUAUCUAUGAAUAUAUCUUCCAAAUAAAGAUCUAAUUCGACCGUG